AAUUUCGCGCAUGAUCAUUCGCAUUAAAGAGGUCGCCAUUUUAUAUGAAAACGAGCUAUCGGCGGAGGAGUAAAACUUUCAUUAAAAGUUGCUCUUUUUGUAUAAUGUUAUAUGGUGUACAAAGUUUCAAAGAACCAGCUGAUACAUUUCACCUUUCUCCUAACUCUGAUAUAGUCCCAAGCAGGUUUAUGACUUACCUUGAAAAUUUCCACAUUGAUCAAGCCAUCAGUAUUGCCUACAGGAGUGCCAGACGGAGUAGACACAAAUUUACCAGUUUAAAAAAUAAUAAUUCACAUUUACUACACAUCAACGACCACAACGACGACAGCUACCACCAUUCAAAAUGUCUGUCAACGUCAACAGGAAUGUUACUGAUGUGUUUUACCGUUACAAAAUGCCACGACUCAUAGCAAAGGUCGAGGGUAAGGGUAACGGAAUUAAAACUGUGAUCGUGAACAUGUCAGAUAUUGCUAAAUCAUUAUCAAGACCUGCCACUUACCCAACAAAAUAUUUUGGCUGUGAACUUGGUGCUCAGACCCAGUUUGAUCUGCCGAACGACAGAUACAUCGUCAACGGAUCUCACGAAGCUGGAAAGUUACAAGAUCUCCUCGAUGGAUUCAUCAAGAAAUUUGUCCUCUGCCCGGAAUGCGACAAUCCAGAGACUAAUUUGACAGUCUACCAGAAAAAGCAGCAGAUCUUACAGAAUUGCAUUGCGUGUGGGCACCAAGCCAUCGUGGACAUGAGGCACAAGCUGACCACCUUCAUUCUCAAGAACCCUCCUGAACAGGAAACACAGAAUGCCACUGAAACUCCAGGAAAGAAGGAUAAGAAGGAUAAAAGUGGGAGCAAGUCCAAGUCAAAAUCCAGUACCAAAGGAAAGGAGACAAAUGACAAUGGGAAUGGAAAUGGAGAUGUGUCACAUGAUGCCAGUGACAAUAAAAAGUACAAGGCCUCCAGAUUGUCUAAGGAUGAGGACGAGGAUGAUGACUGGGGUGAGGACACGUCGGAUGCUGCUGUGCAGGCCAGGAAGGAGGGCCUCUCACACGCUGCCAAGAAUCUGACCAUCAGUGAUGACCUACAGAAGACACCACAAGAACGUGUUGAUCUCUUCUAUUCAUUUGUACAGCAACGUAAAGUGGCAAACAUGUUGGGUGGGGCAGAGAGAGAGAAGGAGUUGAUGUUGGAGGCAGAGAGACUGGACGUGAGAGACAAGGCACCUAUGGUACUCCUCGAGCUGUUGUUUGAUUCUAACAUGCUCACUCAGAUCAAACAAUAUAAAUCUUUGCUGAGAAGGUUCACAGAUGGCAAUGAGAAAGCUCAGAAGUACCUGUUAGGUGCAUUUGAACAGCUGGUUGGCAAUGACCACCAUGAUUUACUCAUGCCAAAAACUGCUCACAUCUUGAAGGCAUUCUACGAGGAGGACAUACUGGAUGAGGAAGUCAUCAUCGAUUGGGAUAAAAAGGCUUCAAAGAAGUACCUAUCAAAAGACAUCUGCAAGGAACUGCACAGCAAGGCAGAGCCAUUCAUUAAGUGGCUGAAGGAGGCAGAGGAAGAGAGCAGUGAUGAUGAGGAGGAUGAAGUUGAAGUUGUGUAUUCUGACAAAGUGUCCACUCCUCAGAUACAAACGAGCAUCACCAACGCCAGUAAUGCAACCAGCGAGGAAAAUGAUGAGGAUGACUUGAAUAUUGAUGAUAUCUAACUUCACUUCUGUUAUCUAAGUAUAUAUGAUAUAUAUGUAUGUAUAUAUUUAUAUACAUUAUAUGUUAUGUAUAUAUCUUAUGCACUUUUUGCAUAUUAAUGUGAAUUUGGAAUUUAAUUAUAUUUGCGUUCGAUUUCACGGCCUAAUUUGACAGAAAUUAUUUUAAACUGCUUAAUAUUUCUCAUGGUGAGGCUGGUUCAAUUGAUUGAUUGAUUGAUUGAUUGAUCGAUUGAUCGAUCGUCAACACUAUUUACAUUUCAUUCAUGUUGACAUUUUUAAAAAAUUUAAGUUUAUGAUUCCUACUCUCAUACAUAAUCCGAUUUUUUAGGUUUCUAUUUUUAAAAAUAAACAAUAAAUAUUGUAAAAAGCGUGUCGUAAGUUAUGUUUCAAUUGCGUGCUUGCAUUCUUGUUAAAACUGAAAUUUUGAUUUAGGUAAUUAUCCAGUCAAUUUUAAAAUUUGGGUGUGGUUACGAUAAUUGUGUAUACAAUAAAUAAGUUUAAACAAAAAAAUAAAUCGAAAUGUUCAU